UUUUAUUUAAUAUAUAAAGUGUAUUUAUUUAAAAAAAAAAUAUGUCCUCAAAGCAUUUUUGUUUAAAAUGGACUAGAUUUCAAACAAGUAUCUUAAGUGCUUUCGAAAGUUUACAAAAUUCCGAAGAUCUUGCAGAUGUUACAUUGACAUGUGAUGGAAUAAGUCUGAAAGCACAUAAGUUUAUUUUAUCUGCAUGUAGCCCUUAUUUCAGAACCAUAUUUAAGGAAAACCCUUGCCCACAUCCGAUAGUUAUUCUGAAAGAUGUAUCCUAUGUGGAUUUGAUAGCCAUUAUAGAUUUUAUGUAUCAUGGAGAAGUUAUGGUAUCAGAAGAACAACUUUCUUCUUUUCUUCAUACGGCCAUGGUAUUACAAGUAUUAGGCUUAAUGAAUAAUAGUGAAACUGCUCCUAAAAAAACAGUAAUUCCUCCUAAGAAGUCAAAAAUUUCAAACGAAUCUCUUGAAUGCCCCACGAAAAAAGUGAAAUUGAAUCCAAAACAAAAAAAGAAUCAACCCACCCCUUGUAGUGGUGAUUUACAAAAAGAAGUUGAACAAGGAUCUCUUUCCCAGUUUGAGGUGGUAGAAGUAGAUAGAAUAAAAACAGAAAAUGAAAUGGAAACAACCAGUAAUGAAUUCUGUGGGGACGUAAAUGAAAAUGUCGAGGUUAUUGUUGGAGACAAGUCUGAAAGCCAAGGAUCUAUUUUGGAAGCAGCACUGGAGGUUCGUGAUAAACCGAGCAGUAUUUUGGAGAGAUCACUUACUGCUCAAGCAGUUUCUGGAAAGUCACCUUCUUCACUACCAAUAAAUCCUGACAAAAUGUGCAUACUUCCCGAUUUAUCGAAAACAAUUUUUAUUCCACGUAAACCGCCAGAGGUAGAGAUCGAGAAGCGUAUCAUCAGAUCUUCCUCAGAGUCUUCCAGUCCAUCCACUUUCGAUAGGCCCACCGAAAUACUUCAGCAGAACAUUAAAAUAGAAGGGGAACAUUGUGAAAGCAUCGAUUCUUUCUCACCAGAUGACUUGAAAGAAAUCAAUUUUUCGUCUAGAAACAUCGACUUGCAACCUCAUCAUAGUUCGCAGUGCGGUAAUUGUCCCCAUUGUGGUAAAGUAUAUUCAAAUCAGUCGGCGUUGAAAUAUCAUGUCAGGUUAGUGCAUUCAGAUUUAACUAAUAUGUACUGCUGUCAUUUGUGCCCGGAGUCCUUUGAUUACCGGGAAGGUUAUAAGAAACACAUGGCGGAAGUGCAUAUGAUUAGGAAUUGAUAUUUUAUUAUAAUCUUGUUUUUUGUAAUUAUAUAUUUUUAAUGUUAUUUAAUUUAAUAAAUUGGUUUUG